AUGCGGAUCGGCCUCAACAUCUUUCGCAGGAACGUUUAUUCAUCCAAGGUCUUCAAGGUAGCAAAUUCUGAAGCCUUGGGCGCAUCCUUGAGCCCUUCUGAGGAAGAAGUCCGUAUAAUCGAUGACCUACCGUUCUUUCGAAAAUGUUCUUUGAGACCAGAAAGCGGUGGAACUAAAAGCCGCAAAGCAUAUCUGGACCGCAAACUCCCCAAAGUUCGCAAAUUGUUUCGAAACGAGCAAAAUCCUGCUUUUCUAUCUUAUGAUCUCCCCAAGGAGCUGCCGAAUCCUUAUUUAGAUGCACAGGCACGAGCUAAGAUUAACCCUGUAAAUGGCACAACAGAAUAUGCUGGUACGGCUAGAUUGUCAGUAACAAAGCUAUUGACCAAGAGAUGGUGUGAACUUCGAGAGGCCUACGACAUUUAUUCACAGGUUCCCAUCUAUGAGCACGGCCAAGUAAGUGUCGGUCGUCGUGAACACCAAAGGCUCGAAGAUGAGGCGCACGUUACUCCAUCAAACGCCGAAAUACUAAAAGAAGAAUUGACUGCAGAAAUACCACAGGACGCGGUACACACGCUGGCAGAAAAUUGGUUUCAAACCAUUAUCAGACUUCUUGCCCUAUUUCAGACUGGCCAAGCAAGGGAAAUUUUGUGUCAUGGCUAUUUGAGCUCAAAGGACUGUGCUUUAGACGGCAAUGUUGCUGAAGAAGAUGCAGUUUUAGUCAGCGGAAUCAUUGAUCAUCUGCUGCUAAAGCGGCGAAACACAGCAGAGCUUAAACCAACGUCACUCUUGGCCGGAAACUGUUCCGAGCAUGAUCUACAACGCAUAGUGCAUGAUUUGAACGCUGCAGUCCGAAACUCAAAUGAGGAAUUGGAGAUAAUUGUCAGCGAUGUCAAGACUAGGUCUUCAAGGACAAUUCCUCAACAGACUUCCGUUGUGAAAGCCUCCAAGAUUCAGGUGAUGUACUACAGGUACUUUUUAGAAGAGCUGAGCAAGGAUGUAGCUCAGACAUAUGAAAGACUUCUCAUGAAUGCUCGAAAAAGAGGGAUCGAUUUGGAUGCACCUAUCAAUGCAGCCAAGUUGGUUGUGUUGAUGGAAACAAGUCCAGUGAUAGCGCGUGAUAUGCAGCGGCUGCAAAAAGGCUUUCCAAUUGGGUUUGCUCCUUUUGAUGAUUUCCACGAAAGCUCAAUGACAUCGAGGUGUGAGUAUGAUCUGGAAAGUUUUCAAGGCGUAAUAGAGAACGCGGACACACAUGAGCGCUACUAUGAAUAUUUUACCAAAUGGAAAACUCCGCUGACGCUCCGAUAUUUUGCUGCACGUCUCGCACAGAUGUAUAAUCAUGUUGGCCCACUUCUUUCCAAGAACUUGAUGAUAGAGUAUUAUUCGGGCAGUACCAAUUUUCACAGCAUAUCAUUCGAAUACGAUCCAGAGGACAUUAAACAUCAUAGCACUCAAAGCGCUUUGUUCUGGUUUGGUAAGCGCAAGAUCGAACCUAUAAAACCCACCGUGAGAAACAUGCUUACAUAUUGCAAGUACUGUGACUACGAACAAAUCUGCUUGUGGCGAAAACAAGGCUCCGAUAUGUGCAAGGGUCUCGGAAAGGAGCUCCAGGCUCUUCAUCCAAAUGAGUCUGUAGUGCAGACCAACUGA